GCCUGCGAGAUAUAAGACUCAAGGAGAGCGGAGACUCGGUCCACACUAGGGUCCGGAGGAGCGAUGGUCACCCGGGAUCGAGCCGAGAAUAGGGACGGCCCCAAGAUGCUGAAGCCGCUCGUGGAGAAGCGGCGCCGGGACCGCAUCAACCGCAGCCUGGAAGAACUGCGGCUGCUGCUGCUGGAGCGGACCCGGGACCAGAACCUCCGGAACCCGAAGCUGGAGAAAGCAGAGAUACUGGAGUUCGCCGUGGGCUACUUGAGGGAGCGAAGCCGGGUGGAGCCCCCGGCGGCCGCACCUUCAGGGGUUCCCCGAUCCCCAGCCCAGGACGCCGAGGCGCUCGCCAGCUGCUACUUGUCGGGAUUCCGCGAGUGCCUGCUCCGCUUGGCGGCCUUCGCGCAAGACGCCAGCCCGGCCGCGCGCGCCCAGCUCUUCUCCGCGCUGCACGGUUACCUGCGCCCCAAGCCGCCCCGGCCGGAACCGGGAGAGCCCAGGCCCCCCGCGCCGCGCCUACCGCUGGACCCCGCCGCCCCAGCGCCCGGCCCCGCGCUCCACCAGCGCCCCCCAGUUCACAAGGGCCCCCCCAGCCCGCGCUGCGCGCGGUCCCCGUCCCCCUGCUCCCCUCGAGCCGGUGAUUCCGGCGCGCCGGCCCCCCUCACCGGACUGCUGCCGCCGCCGCCGCCUCACAGACAAGACGGGGCGCCCAAGGCCCCGCCGCCCCCGCCGCCCGCUUUCUGGAGACCUUGGCCCUGA